AUGAGCUACCCACCACCUGGUCCCGGCCAAUACCCGCAUUAUUUACCCCCGCCGCAGUAUCAGCCCGGGCAAAUCCCGCCGCAGUUACUGUACAAUAAUGCCGGUCCUCCACCAUCCUCCCACAGCCACAGCAGUCACGUCCUCCUCCGCAAACUCCCCCGCAGCAAGCGCUUCAACUACCAGCGCAAGCUCUCCAACCACGGCCGCAGCCAGGACCACAGCUUCCUCAGUUACAAUCUCCUCCUCCACCUCAGGCACCCCCCACCUCCUCCUGCUCCUCCCCCGUCUCAAAUUCAAGCAGAGCUGCAACAUCAAUUUGUCAACCCAGCUCAAUUGUUUGUACAGCAACCUCUGCCUACUGCUCCGCGAUCACGAUAUACCCAGCUCUCCUCUCAGUAUGGCGAACCGCCUUUCCUCCCGACUGCUAGUCCUUCCCAGAUACCCCCGCCUAUUUUGCCAGCUCCACCGCCAGCUCUACCUAUUCAGGCUGCUCCAGCUUCAACCCCUGCCCCUCCUCCAAUUCACAUUAGUCCUAAACCAAGCACCCAAAUCAACAAAGGACAGACCAAUCUCAAAGUUCCACCAACAUAUCCUAUUAUCAAAGCCGAAACUACGCCAUACAAAGUUUCCCCCAAAGUUGAACUCCAGAAAAAGCCUUCUACUCCUAUUGCGACCCCGAAGCGACCCCAUCCAGCUCCAUCACCGGUGACACAUGCUACUCCGCAAGUUAUGAUUCCGGCUCGGUCUCCAGCUGUUCAACCAAAAAUGCAAAUCCAGACCCCGAAGAAGCAAAUUCAGCCACACCAUAUUGAGAAAAAGAGACCGCCAAUCCAACCGAGUGCCGAAAAGCCCGGGAGGCCCACGCCUGUCAAGUCUACGAAGCCUCCGGUUGACUAUCAAGUUCUACUCUUGUCCUUGGCCGAUGAAUAUCUAAAUGCUGCUCAUUCUUGUGGGACGACAACAUCUUUGGCUGCGCGUGAGACAGAUAUCGAGCAGUAUUACAAGCUGGUUGCUACCGGAUUGGGCUGCUUGGAAGCUGUCUUGAAGAAUUGGCGAUUGCAACCGCGCAAAGAAGCUCUUGUCAGACUUCGCUAUGCGCGUACAUUAUUCGAGGAAACCGAUAACGACAUCGAAGCGGAAACAGCCCUGAGUAAAGGAAACCGUAUGCUUGACUUGAAAUACAGCAUGCAACAUCUCUUGGCACGAAUGCUACACAAGAGCAACCCCAAAGCAUCCUUGAAAGCAGUCGAUGGCAUGAUUCAGGAUGUAGAAGCAUACCGCCAUGCUGCAUGGGAGUAUGCGUUUCGCUUCCUCCGGGUAUCGCUUUCGCUGUCAUCCUCAUCACAUCAAGACUCUGUACAGGCUCUACAGCAUCUUCACAAGAUUACGGCGAUGGCUAGCCGUAACGGGGACAAGGCCGUCUCCGCAAUGGCCGCUGUCAUUGAAUCACUCGCACACUUGCAGCUAGGGACGAACUCUGAUUCUAUCGAACAAGCGCAGCGUGCUGUGGCGGCCGCUCGAAGCCAUCAACUGAAUGAUGAGCUCCGCCAUAUACCUCAACUUACAACUUUGAUUCAAAUGGUCGAUAUCUGUUGCAGUCUUCUAGAGUACGAUGUCAAUCAAUCUGGGCAGAAAUUGAAGGUCAUGCAAGCUUUGAUGGAUGAAACACUAACUGAUAGCAACUGGCGUCCUGAUGGAUCUUUCUCAGUUCCUCUGAACGGUAAAUCCGCCGGGCCGUCGUCGAUUGACACGGGUGAUAUCUUGCAGGUUCAUAAUGGGACAUUGCUUUUGAGCUUUAACUGGCUUCCUCAACACGAUCUUUAUGCACUUUGUUAUUUCUUAAGCUCGAUCACGUUGAGUGCCAAGAACUCAUACGAUGGCCGGAAAGCUGAAAAAUACCUCGAGGAAGGACUUCGAAUGGUGCAAGGCAAUUUCAAAGCCCCUCAGCAAAUUUCAGAAUCUAUGGUCAACGCCAACCGUCGAGUUCAGUGGCGUCAGUCCCUCUACUGCAACUUCCUUCUUCAGCGGGUCUUCUUAGCUUGUUCUCGUACCGAUUGGGACCUUGCUAGCCAGACAUUGAAUGACCUUCGACAAGUCUUCCAAGAACUUGAGUCCAAUCUUCCGGACACCAUCGAAUGCCUGAUGGAAUAUGCUGCCGGUACCAUCGCACAGGCGACUGGUGAUCUCAAUACCGCGUUGAAAGUCUUCCAAUCGCCACUUCUGUCCCUCGAUCCAGCCACCAGCAAAACCGCUCGCAAUGACCCCUGUCGUGAUACGCGCAUCCUCGCUGGCCUGAAUACAGUCCUCAUCCUCCGCGAUCCAAGCCACUCAUCUCACUCCCUCCUCAACACCGUUCUCACAACUCUCGAGCCCUUUUGCCAAAGCAGCCCAAACAAGUAUAUACAGGCAGCCUACUACCUGGUCUGCGCAACAGUUCACUCCGAGUCAACCAUUCAAACAAAGCAAUACCUCCAGCAAGCCCUGCAGUCUGCUACUGCAAUCAGCAACAGCCAAAUCACCUGUAUGACCCUUACCUUCAUGAGCUGGAAAUAUUUCCGCGGUGUAGUCGGCGAACAAGCCGAGAAAAGUGCCCGAGCGGGCCGUGCAAUGGCCAAACGAGCCAACGACCGCCUGUGGGCGAGCGUUACCGAUGACAUGCUGGCUGAAACUCUGGAGCGGCAGGGGAAGAGCGAAGAAGCGCACAGCGUCCGCGAGGAAGGCCAGCGCUUGAUAUCGGGUCUUCCGCCUCGUGUAAGACGUUCAGCUUGA